GCCACUUGCCUGUAAUGGAAUCGUUAUGUCCUUUAUACCCUUCUCAAUAAAAUGGAUCAGGCGCAGGCGCAGGCGAGGGGGACUGAUGCAAUCAUGAAAUAGCACUUUCUUCUUCGUCCCCAAAAAGCCAACAUCCUACCAUCGUCACUAAUUGCUAUUCAUUAACGCCGGAUAUUCCAUAUUCGUGUUUCAGCUCUUUCAUUUAUAAAUACACGUCCAAUUCAAACCGCAAAUAUACACAAUUUCCAGCAGUCAUCCAGCUGCUGACUUGUCGUUUAUUCAUUAAUCCUCCUUAAUUUCUUUUGUUGCUUUCUCCCUAAAAGACAAACCCGCGUCACAAAGGCAAUUACUCAUUUCACCUCUUUCUUCUUCAUCGCUCUCCUAGCUCCAACCAUGAUACACAUGAACGACAUCGUUUUUGAGCCUGAUGACAUCAAGUUCCCAACUCCCUGGUGGUUCUUGUACGCCGGUGUGUCUUGCCUGCUCGUGCUCUUCGCUGGGAUCAUGUCUGGUCUCACAUUAGGCCUCAUGUCUUUGGGCCAAGUGGACCUCGAAAUUCUACAAAGAAGUGGCUCCUCCAUUGAAAAGAAACAAGCUGCUGCUAUUCUGCCAGUUGUUCACAAACAACACCAGCUUUUAGUUACUUUGCUUUUAUGUAAUGCUUGUGCUAUGGAGGCUUUGCCAAUAUACCUUGAUAAAAUUUUUCAUCCCUUUGUUGCAGUUAUACUGUCUGUUACUUUUGUUCUUGCUUUUGGAGAGGUUAUUCCUCAAGCUAUAUGCUCAAGGUAUGGACUCUCUGUUGGAGCAAAUUUUGUGUGGCUAGUGCGUAUUCUGAUGAUCAUCUGUUAUCCAAUUGCUUAUCCUAUUGGAAAGAUUCUGGAUGCAGUUCUUGGACAUAAUAAUGUUUUGUUCAGGCGGGCUCAGCUGAAAGCUCUUGUCUCUAUCCAUGCACAAGAGGCUGGUAAGGGUGGUGAACUUUCACAUGAUGAGACAACCAUUAUCAGUGGAGCACUAGAUUUAACUGAAAAGACUGCGGCACAGGCUAUGACACCCAUUGAAUCGACAUUUUCCUUGGAUGUCAAUUCAAAGUUAAACUGGGAAGCCAUGGGGAAAAUUCUGGCACGAGGACAUAGUCGUGUACCUGUCUAUUCUGGAAAUCCAAAAAACAUUAUUGGUCUCUUACUGGUGAAAAGUCUUCUAACAGUUCGAGCAGAAACUGAGACUCCAGUCAGUGCUGUUUCCAUCCGGAGAAUGCCUAGGGUUCCUGGAGAUAUGCCUCUGUAUGAUAUCCUUAAUGAGUUUCAAAAGGGAAGCAGUCAUAUGGCUGCCGUAGUUAAGGUUAAAGAAACAAGUAAAAAUUCUCAUCCUAGCAGUGAUGAAAAGAAAUUUGAGGAAAACAAAGUCUUCUGUGGAGAUUCUCAAUUAAAGACUCCCUUGCUGGCCAAGAAUGAUGGUGUUACUGAUGUAUCAGAUAAUGUUAAAAUCAAUAUUGAGAAAACUUUGAAGUCUGACAUAGAUAAACAAACCUCAACACAAACUCAUGCUUCUGAGAAAAACUUGCAUUGUUUUUCAGAGGAUAUUGAAGAUGGAGAAGUCAUUGGUAUCAUCACCCUUGAGGAUGUUUUUGAAGAACUUCUGCAAGAGGAAAUUGUGGAUGAGACUGAUGUGUAUGUUGACGUUCACAAAAGGAUUCGCGUGGCAGCAGCAGCUGCUGCUUCAUCAGUUGCACGAGCUCCAUCAAAUCGGAGGUUGAUUGGGCAAAAGUCUGGUGCGGGCCAUGGUCAGCUACGGAAAAAUCCAAAGAAGUCUGUGGAGGAUGACUUCCAUUCAACAAAUUGUGUGGACAAACAAAUGGAGGGUCCUCUAGGAAACGAGAGAUAACCUUUUGUUCCAGGCUGUGAGUAGAUGAAGUAUUGUGAAGAGAAUCAUGUGCAUGGUUGUAGCUGUUAGUUUAGUUCUAUCUGUCCUUUGACUUUUUAGAUUUUGUCACUGUUGUGGAUAACUAUUGCCACUCCGCUGUCCACCACCUCACCAGCCUUGGUAGAGAUGUACACAGCGGAUGGUCUGGGGGCAGGACAGGCAGGGCCUUUUUAGCUUGGAAAAUUGUUGAUUAAUGAGAUUGAAGAAUGAGUUUGUCCUUUCA